CGGUAAUCGCGUCGAGACAUUUAUACAGUGACACAAAACGUCAUUGAUUUGGAGUAUCGACGAGCCGAGCUUGGUCAGCUGUAAUGGCAGGGGGAGGGGCAACGGGCGUCGACCUCAGCAGGAAGUUUGUGUCGGAAACAGAGCUUGAUGAGAAGAGGAAGAAGAGACAGGAGGAAUGGGAGAAAGUCCGAAAGCCUGACGACCCAGAGGAGGCCCCCGAGGAGGAGUACGACCCGCGCUCCCUUUUCGAGCGACUGCAGGAGCAGAAAGACAAGAAGCAGGAGGAUUUUGAGGAGCAAUUCAAAUUCAAGAACAUGGUGAGGGGAUUGGACGACGACGAGACCAGCUUCCUGGACGAGGUCUCCCGGCAACAGAGCCUGGUGGAGAAGCAGCGCAGGGAUGAGGAGAAGAAGGAACUGUUGGAAUACAGAAGCGCUGUAGCGAAGCAAGCGUCUGCUGACAGCCGCCCCGAGCCAGAAAAGAAGACAGCGCCUAAACACUCAGGGACGGAGCAAAGGACCAGCCACCUGUCUCAGGCGCAUUUAUUGGCUGGAGCUGUCAAGAGACGCAGCUCGUCCCAGUCUUCAGACAGCAGUAAGAAACAGAAGGUGGAAAUCACAAAGGCGACAACAGGAAAUGAAGACAGACACACAGAGCAGGAGGAAGGAGCAGGAGGAAGAGCAAGGGGGGCUGAAAACCAACAAACAGUCCUGACGGCAAAGACCCCCGCUGCUCCCCUGAACUCCAGUCAAGGCGUGUUGCACUUGCCGUCGGCGGCCGUGUGCGUCGGAGUUUUACCGGGACUCUGGGCUUAUUCCGGCAGCAGCGACUCUGACAGCAGCUCGGACAGCGAAGGUAGCGUGGAUGCAAUCAUGUUGCCGUACCCCCGGCUUAACAGGGCCUACAGAUAG